GAAGAAGAGGAAGACGAGGAUAGAUCGGUGGAUGGAAAUGGUGUUUCGAAGAAGUGCCGUUCCAGUGUUCGUAACGAUGUAGCAAAGACAGUGAUAAAUGAGGAGAGCUGUAACAGUAAUAGUAGUAGUAAUAAUAGUGGUAGCAGUGGUGCUGAGGGUGCUACGAUGACCAGUGGUGGUAGCGCGUCUCGUGGUGACAAAACCACCUCCUCGGCCGACGGUCGACGAUCGAGGUCCGUGUUUCACGAGUCGAACGGGCCGAACUAUCGUGUGGACGAUGCGGAUGACGAUGAGGACUUUGAGGACGCGGACGCGUUACAGAAAGUGAAUCGUCUCGGAUGCGAUAACGGUGGGAUCGAGAGAGGUGUCGACGACGAGGACGCCGCUCGAAAGACGGACGACAUUGCUAGUGAUGAUAGUAGUGUUGGUAGUGGUAGUAGUGGUAGUAGUGGUGGUGCUGCUGCCGCUGCCGCUGUUUCUGCUUCUGGUGCCGCUGGUGUUACCGGGAACGGCAUGGCUGCAGUCAGGCAUCAGGGCAGUCCUUUCAAAGGACAGGUUAGGACUGCCGAGGACACCCUCGUCGGCCCUUACGGCAAGAAGCGGUGCGCGGAUCGAUACGACAGCUCCGAGAGUUCUGACAGUGGCGUCGCCGUAUCCUGUGGGGAGUGCAGCAGUAGCGGUACCAGCGACAUCACGGAGCCGGGUUCUCCGUGUAGCACGAGCAGCGACGAAGGGGUAGCGAUACGUGGCGCGUCCGCCAGUCCACUUCCGUCCCUACCCAAGCUGGCGCCGUCCUCGCAGAUCAGUACCAGGCCCCAGUGGCCCUGGACCCCGCCGCUGGCGGCCACCGCCUGCUCGACCUACAAGAGGCUCAAAGGCGAGCCCGAGGCUGGCGCCGUCCCGAGGUCCGGGGCCGCGGACCCAACUUUCAGGGGCACUAGCAAAAUCAACAACGGCAAACCGAACGUCGUUCAUCAUCAUCACGAGUCCCAGGGGAAGAUCACCGAGUAUUUCAAAACUCAAAUCAAACCUCAGCAACCCAAGGCGAAGAAGAACAGCGAGACGAUGUCGGUUUUAGUUGCGAAGAGUUCGUCGGAGUUCAGGAGGCCACCCACGGUGCAGAGGAACAAGGGUGGACUGGCAAAGUACCUGGGUACCGUUUUGCCGAACGGCCGGAAUACCACCUCGACCAACGACUGGGAAGUGAGAACCAUGACGAUGUCCCCACCGCCUACUGAGAAAUCACUGCCGGUAAUAGUGCCUAGGGUCAAUGGUAAGAUGGACAAGAAGUUUCCUAAGCCGGUGCCCAGUCUACCCAUCUCUAACGACGUGCUAAAAAACAUACCGAGCUGCAAGAUCUCGUCUCUCAGGUUAACGUCCGAGAUCGGCUCGAACGCGAAAAACGUUUCGCCGCCCUUGACGCCGGCUGCUGCCGUGACCACCGAGACGACCACCCUCGACUUCAAGGGCUGCAUCCUCUCGAAGCCGCACGUGAACGAGAACAACAACCUGACGAACGGCUGCGGAAACAUCUUGGGCUCGUUGAGGUCGCAGAGCAUCCAGGAUCCGCUGUCGAGGCUGUCGGUACCGGAGGACACCCAGACCAAGGUCACCCAGGCGAGCCCCGCCGACGAAGACGAGGAAGAGGAAGAGGACUCGAGGAGCAGCGAGUCGAAACCACCGUUGUCGCCGAUACUCUCUGCCCCGACCACCAUACGAUUUCCAGCCCGAAAACCGGAGAAAGACCGACAACAAACGACAGACAGCGGAGUCUGUCGGUGGGACAAAUGCGAGGAGAGCUUCGAAUCCAGCGGAUGGCUCCUAGAACACUUACAGGCGGCACACAUCAACACGCAAACGGGCGGUGACAAUUUUGUCUGCCAGUGGCAAGGGUGCAAGGUGCAAGGGAGGAGUUCCUGUUCGCGGAGAUGGCUGGAACGGCACGUGUUAUCCCACGGCGGCAACAAGCCCUUUCGGUGCAUCGUCGACGGCUGCGGCAGCAGAUUCAGCUCUCAGACCGCUUUGGAAAGGCACGUGAACGGGCACUUCAAUCAGCCUGAAACCAGCAACAACAAUGCUCGACGGAGCUGCGAGAGCGGUGGAAAGCUUGUCAGAAGAAACGGCAAACGGCUCAGAUAUAGGCGACAACCUUGGUCCGCGAGGCUGUUCGACUACAUUGACUCGGGAGUGAUGGAAGGUCUCCAGCACAGGUUACUGGAACUGGCGAAGUCGAGAACGCAAGGUCGUCUUGCCGAGACACCAGGAAACUCAAUGGCCCUAACUAGUCAAGUAUUAGCUCGAAGAGUAGAAUUGGAUGGGAGGACGAAAGUAUUGCUUCGGUGGUAUCCUGCGGAUAUCGAGCCAGACGAGUGGGUACUCGAGUCCGAAGUUCAGAGCACGAAGAACGUAGAGAUCCGCAAAGUUGCGGCCGCAAAUCCGGAAGAGGUGAGCCUGGCCCUGUACUCGGCGAUAAACGGCGGCACGCCGUCGAUGACGCGGGUGAAGCAGCGCCGGAAACCGGUCAAGAACUCGUGAUAAUGCCAAUCGCGAUGAUCGAGGACAAACGUGACGAAGCAGCGACGACUAAGCCAGAAUUAAGGACGAGUCCUGUAUCAGGACGAUUGUGCUUCCUGGUAUGUAUAGGGAGGAGCCUGGCAAGGGAACAGGAACCCGAACGUGUCUAGAGGAGAACCAGAGUUGGACGUGUUCCGUGUUGAGAGAAAGAGGGAGAGAAACGGGCGGAGCGAAUGGCGCGAGCAAUCGGAGAGAGCGGACGAGCCCAAGACGAACAGAAUCGAUGUUGGAGAAAAAAUCAGACACGGACGAGAAUAAGAGUCUGUAACGAGCUUCAAAGAGUUCGCAUGUUACGGAUCGGGUUGGAACGAAAUCGAUGAAGGAAUAAACGACGGCAAGCAUCGAAGAUGUAGCGAAGAGCAUCCGAGACGAAAGGAGGAGUAAAUACAUUCUAAUUUAUUUAGCCUAAAUCCAUCGAUCGUUAGGUAAAUAUAUAGUAGUCGUGGGAUAGCGAUGAAAAGAAUAUUCUUGUUGCCUAUCGAUAUAUACUAAAUAUCUCCAAACGUUUGGGGUCGAUUCCUGCCACGAGUGCCUGGUUCUUCAGUGCCGGCACUCGUCGGACUCGGAAGAGCUGGGCUUGGGCCUCAAAAGUGCCUCACUGUGGAUGAUACGUUUUAUAUCGUUGAUCGCCGUGCAAGACCAAUGAUAGACGGCGAAGUUGAAUUUAAUAUGGUAUGAAAAAGAAAAUACAAAAAAAGUAACAAUAACGCAACACUACGACGGAGAUUUUACGCGACGAGUACGCGAAGAAACUAUAAAAAAAAAGAAAAAAAAAUGGGGAGAAGAAAAGCGAACAAACUGUUAAACGUUAGUUUACGAUUGUAAGGAGAUAAUCACUCUGGUGGCCUUAGGAAUCAAUUAAUAUCUAGCAACGGCCCCUUGGCGCUUCCGGGCCCUGUUUAAGUACCCCGUGACAGAAGCUAAAAGAAUAAGAGGCGAAGAAGGGAGGCGUGAAACGCCAAUUUCUUCGACUCAUCCUCGACCCUCGACCAACUUACAGAAGGAGAUGCAUCUACCUCGAUCUUCAGCUCGGUAGAAAUGUCUGCUGGCCAUUGUCGUGCGACAGGGGAAAGAUAAGAAGAGGAGGAACAAGGAGAAUUAAAGCGAGGGGGCAGACAAGGAAAAAAUAACGAUAGACGGAGAGUACAUCGUUUAAAGACAGGCGUAAGAAGCGUAUUUAAGCUCGUCGGAUACUGUUUAGCGAAAUAAUAGCAAUAGUCUCGGCAAGAACGUUUAACGGAGAACGACAGUCGGACGACUCGCACGCCAACGAGAUUUCUAUCGAGGUUUAACCGUUUAACCUUUUUGAGAAAAAGGACGAUGUACAAAAUGGAGAGUAAAAGCAAAGAAAAAUAAGAAUUCAUUCUCUCGUGAUACGCUGAUCGGGCCCGCUCCCGAAGCGUGUCCGAUGUCUCGCCUUACUUCCAUAGUCGCCUAUUUUUAUCAUCAUGCCGGGGUUACGUGCAGCAUGUUAUAAUGCAAACCUGUCGCUGCGUAGCGAACCAAAAAAUCGAGAAAUUCUUUCUAUUUCCAUUUUACCCCUCUCGUUCUUAUCUUUCGAGUCGGCAACGAGAUCUCAUCACCGAAGCAGGAAUCUCCAAAUUCAGUUUUUAACCAUCGACAGCAAUCAUCUUUCGUCGUUUCAUAAAGUUACCGAAGAUUCACUUAGACGGUCUCAGUUCCAAGUAUCCGCGUGAACGUUAUACUCGCUCGAUUGGAUACAGAAGAGGGGAACCUUAACGCGUUGGAAAACGAACCGAGACUUUGUAUGCCACAACAUAGGCGUGACACCGUUUGAGCGCCGUUGAACGAAUCACCACUAGUCGGAGAUGCCUGCGUUGAAACAACAUAGAUCCGGAAAACGAAGCUGAUUCAGUUUGACCGACGUUAGGCAGCGAGAGCGAAUGCAUUGUGCUGUACUAUUUGUAAACGGGGUGCUGUUACUCUGUACAGGGGGAUAAAAACACGAUGGCUGUGUUACAUUUUCCAUGGAGUUCGCUAAAAUGGUUAGGGGAUGUACAUGAAGAGAACGUAACGGAGGAGGAGAAGAAGAUGGAGGAAGACUCGCGGCGAGAAGACCGUAAUGUGUCGAAUCGCUAUUUUGAUAGAUGUAUGUAGAUAGACCGAGAUCGUAGAAAUAUAUUUCUCGUAUCGCCGGAUACUUCUGACAUUGUGGAAUGUGAUUGCGCACGUGUACACAUAUAUAUGUAGUGGAUAAAAAAAAAAGAAUACUUGUAAAUUAAGAGAAGCGAAGUGAAAGGGGUUGAAAAUACGUGUCGAUGGACGUGUUGUGUAGUUAGAACAGGGAUGCACGGGGUUUGAAUGUGUACAGACAAGACCGAGAUAGGGUUGUAGCGUACACACAGGUAGUCGAGUGUGCGGGAGAGAUAACUUGGAACACACACACACGGACGUAGACACACCUACACACACCAGCUAAAAAACACUGCCAAUACGAUUGUAAUUAAGAACUCUAGGCUAAUUGAUCGAUUAAUUAUUCUUACUAUUAUUAUUACGAUUAAACGUGUAAUCCGAUAGAUCUCUAGUUGCCGCGGAUGUAUAAGAGG